AUGUGGGACUUUACAGAGCCUUUCAAGUCUUCUCAGGCUGAUGAAGCAGUAGAAGGUGAGGAGGCCUUGAUGUAUCUGACAAGGCACCGCAAGGGGCUGGCAGUGAACAUGUGUGCCCAUGCCAUCUUCUUCUGCAAACUUCUCCAUGACCUCAGGCAGAGCAGGACUGAGGAGGGCUUGCUGACUUCCUUGGGGGAGAGCCACGGCCUGAAGGUUGGGAUUAUCGGGGGCCACCCUGGGAAGCAGCUGGCCUGAGUGCUCCUGAUGCUGAGCUGGGCUCUGCGCCCCAGUAUCCAUGUUUCCACCAGGCGCCCUGAGAGCCUGGCAGACUUGCAGAAGCAGGGGCUUGCAUGCUUUUACAACAAUGCUCAGCUAGUGGCCUGGGCGGACGUUGCGUUCCUCUGCUGCCUCCCAUUGCAUGUGCCAUCUGUCUGCUCUGUCGUUCGGCCUGCCAUCCAGAAACCCUGCGUUAUGUACAGCCUCGUGACUGCCGUCCCUCUCCUCAGGUUGAAGCAACUCCUUUGCUACAGUGCCACCGUCAGGCCGCGGUUCCGGUGCUCUGGCCAGGAGCCUACCCACGCGUGGGGGGCGAGGGGGACAGUGCCCGCGGCGCUGCGAGACCCUGCUGCUGUGCGGGCAACGUGCCCCUGCAGUUCCCGAGGGAAAAUAAGAGUCAAUGCUGAAUGGCUGGUGGCCAUUUUCUAUGCAGCCCUGAACAGCAGCACGUGGCAGAGCCUGCCUCACCAGGCACUGAAGUUACUCAAUGACCUCUGUUUUCCUGAACGCUGCCCCAUCUGUGCAGAGCAGAAAACUUCCUGCCCACAGUUUGUGUGCAAGAGUUUUGUCAGCAAAGGUUUUGCCUCUUCAGUGACUCCAGAGGAAACCUUCCCCUGGUUUGACCUGACAGCUGCACAACUGAGAGAGUCUCGCUUUAGCCAGUUGCUAGAAAAAAGUGAGCUUGUCCAGUGCCAUCUUGCUCUGCUAUACCAGGCAUCCUUUGGAGACUGGCCUACAAAGCAAUGUGGGCUGAUCAGCAGCAAGACAUCUCUUACUUCAGCUGUAGUGGGGCCUGGUGUGACGUUGGAUGACAAGUCUCCAUUCUCCACAGCUGCUUCUGACAUUUUGUCAGAAAUUCCAGAGGAAACUGCUGACUAUUAUUCUAAAUCCUUGUGA